GUUCGUUGCCAGUAAACCCUGACACUAACAAGAUUAGGCUUCUAAGAAUGAGUUACAUUAAUUUGAAGGUGCACAUAACCUUUUCACUGCCAUCACUUGAUUAUCUUGAAUUUUUAAUUAUUAAAUGUCACGUUUUUGUGAUCGCAUUUUUUAAACUUUAGUUGGUGUGUAAGGUUGCUGUUAGAGCAUAAAUAAUGCCUGCAAAAAGAUAAAGCUCAAAGUUCAAUGUCAAGCAAUAUAUUUUCUUACCAUAAUUCGCUUUCAAAGCCUACAGCGAACGGCCGGUUUGGACUACAGCCCUCUACUUCCCAGUUGCAUGACGUCAAUAAAAAAGUUUUUUACUAAACUCCGCCCACAGGAAUGCACCAGUCGCUAGCUAAACUAAGCUGCUGUUGAAUCACAACGCAUUAAACCAGCUACACAAUCAGAACUCAUUACUUAUUUUUGAAGGAGAGACUUCAUAGAACAAGGACAACAUCAGCCCAUUUUGAGGACGUGAAAACAGCAGUAUUGAGUUUUUUAACACACAAAACAUGAACACAUGUUAUAUUGCGCGCCGUAAACACAAGGCUUCGAAAACACAAGAAAAACAGGACCUUUAAGUCAUUUUGUUUCUCCAGUAAAUAUAUCUUGAUCCACAAAAUUUCUAAUAUUAUAUUAUAAUAAAUAAUAAUAUUAUUUAUAUUGGAAAACAAGACAAAAAACUAAGACAGACAUUCAUUUGCAGUGUGUAUGUGUUUUUACUUUAAAGUAUUUACAUUAACAUAAAAAUCUAUCUUAUUUUUAGGAACAAAACAUUUAUGAAGUUGUAGUAGUAUUAUCUGUUUAGUCAGGUUUAUGAAUAUUCAACUAGUGGGUAGGCUGAGAGCUCUUUAAUCAACCCUCAUGCUAAACGGGGUUGUCACUGUGCAUUGUGUGAGUAUAAAUGUCAGUGAGAGGCACCAGAAAUCCAAACUGACAAGCCUCCUAACACGGAUUGAGAUAUCUUUUCUAAUGAAGUCCAGAGUUUGCUUUUCAACAUUUAGCCAUCGUGGAAAUGUCUGACUGGGGAGUUACAAACACGGACAAUCAAACCAUUCAAUACUGCUUCCCAAACAACAAUUUGUCAUGUACCAGAAAUGUCAGAUUUGAAUUUGAAUAUAUUACUGUGUAUAUUUUUAUUUCUGUAAUAUCAGUGCUGACUGUGAUUCUGAAUCUGCUGGUGAUCAUCUCCAUCUCUCACUUUAAACAGCUUCACACUCCAACUAAUGUCUUGAUUCUCUCUCUGGCAGCGGCUGAUCUGAUGGCAGGACUCAUUCUUAUGCCAGUGCAGGGCAUGAAACUCAUUGAGUCAUGUUGGUACUUUGGAGAAAUAUUUUGUUCAAUAUUUCCUCUCAUUCUCUACGUGGUUGUUGUAGCAUCUCUUGGUAAUAUGAUCAUUAUAUCUGUGGAUCGGUACAUUGCUGUGAAUGACCCUUUGCGAUAUCCAAUAAGGGUAAAUAAUAACAGAGCUGUAUUCUCGAUUGUUGUAAACUGGUUAUUUUCCACCUCAUAUUCUAUCUUUCUCUUGUAUGACUUUUUGCUGUAUCCAGAAAGAAACCACACAUGCAUUGGAGAAUGUAUACUUGAUGUCAAAUUUGAUUAUUUGGUAAUUGAUGCCAUUGUUUGUUUAGUGGCACCGUGUUGUGUUAUUAUUUCGUUAUAUGUGAAAAUUUGCUUUGUAGCUAAACGUCAAGCUGAACAUUUGAAUUCAGCCGCAGACAAAAAGGCCAGAUCAGAAAAAAAGGCAGAAAGAACCUUAGGGGUUGUAGUAAUGGUCUAUCUUCUUUGUUGGCUGCCAUACUAUUUAAUUACACUAUCUCUUGGGCAUGAUGAAAAUGACGCUCUUAUAAUUAAUAUAAUGUACUGGAUUAUGUGUCUAAAUUCCUGCAUGAAUCCACUUAUCUAUGCAAUGUUUUAUCCAUGGUUUAGAAUAUCCACAAAAUACAUUUUGACUCUAAAAAUAUUUGAACCAUCAUCAGAAUACUUUAAUCUCUUCCCAGAUGAGAAAUAAUCACAUAGAAAAGCAUACAUGUAAUUGAGAUGUGCUUUCUUAAAAUGUUACAUGACUGUUAGGUCUCUGUGUCUGAACAAUUAUCAAGUUAAAUAUAACAUAAUAAUUAAGUAUGUUUCAGUUUUUUUCUUUUAGUAGACCAAAUCAUUGUAAAGGUCUCAACAAACUAAGAAUUUAAAGCAUAAUGGAAAUGCACUGUGUACAAUGUAGUAAACCAUGCUAAUAUGAAAAGUAAGACUGUAGUGUUAAGAAAAUCUUUUACAUUACAUUUUCAGGGACAUUUUGAGUCCUUUCUGGUUAGGACUGAAUUCUACAACCAUGAUAUGUAAUGUAAAUGUAAUGAUGUUGCUGGUGGAGGAGGCAAUUUGUCAUGUUAAUUAAUGUUGUUAGUUACAACUUUUGAAUUUUAAAAUGCAUUAGUAAAUGCCGAAAUUCAACUGAUCUUAAUAAAUAAAUGUUGUUCAUUGUUCGUUCAUGUUAGCUAAUGAUUUAACAUGUAUGUGUGCAUCAGCCCAACAACACACUUUACAAGUGAUGUUUUUAGUGUUUUAAUAAUUAAAUGACACACAAUGAAAAUUACAAUUAUUAACUUUUUAUUUAAUAAAACAUUUAAUUAAUUCAAUUUAACAUGG